GUGGGCGACGACGGCGCGAUGUCGCUGCGGCUCUGCUAUAGUUUGCGUUUUUGGAGCUCACCUUUUCAUUUCGCACUCGCGGGCGGGCUGAGCUGCCUUCCAAUCCACCGCCGCACGCCAAGCGGUAUACCGCAGACAGUAGCGUGCGAUUUUUUUUUUCGCCAACCGACUAGGUACUACUAUACCAGCUGGAGGGAGACCGAUCAUCACCAUUCGUCAGAAGCCCGGUGCCCGAGAAGCAUCAUCAUCAUCGCGCGCGUUAACCUUAGCGAAGCGAACCCUCCCCGAGAAUAAGAACUAGUUAUCUGAACUGUUUUGGAACUAUUUUGUGGAAAGUGAAAAUCGUUUGUGCAUACAAAGUUGGUAUUUCUCUUGGAGUGGAGUGAAUAUUUGGUGUUUUUGUUAGGAAGUGACAAUUUUCUGAGCGGUGGAUUUUCAUUAGCAGUGAAGAAUAUUAACGGAAGUGUGGGCGAUCGAUAGAUUAUUUGACCGCUUAACGAUUGCGAAUGGAUCACGUGGACUCGUAGGAAAUUGAAUUUAACCGCAGUGGCUGCAGUGAAAAACAAAAUAAAAUAGACAAAGUAUUCUGUUGGCGGAAGUGUGUCGGUAGUGAUUUUGUGGCUUACAGUUGAGACCCAAGUCGUGCCAGCCAAGUGACUAUACGAGCCUUCCAAAGGCAGCGGUAGUCGUCGUUUCGCAACAAUGCCAGAAACUAAGCUUCCAAUUGAGAUCAAAGCCGACCGAAGGGUAGUACAUCAGUACUUGGCGGCCAUCUGUGUAAAUAUAAUUUCCCUGUCGCAAGGAACCGCAAUUGGAUGGCUCUCACCGUUUCUGCCACUGCUCAUAUCAACCGAGUCACCCCUCAGCACAGGACCGGUAACAGAUAUUCAAGCCACGUGGAUUGCGUCGUUGCUGUGUGUUGGCGCCAUCUUCGGGACGGUUCUGUUCGGCUGGUCGGCGGAUAAAUUUGGACGAAAGUUUUCCCUCUGCAUCGCAGCGUUGCCCCUGAUCGGUUUCUGGGCGUGCAUCGCUUUUGGAGGAUUCGUCGAAAUUUUGUACCUUGGCCGGUUGUUGGCCGGAGUGGGAGCUGCAGGAGUUUUUCUUCUAGUUCCACUAUACGUAACCGAGAUUUCGGAGGACAGAAUAAGAGGAUCUCUGGGAACCUUUUUCAUCUUGUUCAUAAACCUGGGAACGCUGGUUUCGUUCGUCGUCGGAACAUAUCUCUCGUAUCACAUCACGUCGUACAUUCUAAUUUUCCUCCCGAUCCUGUUUCUGCUGUGUUUUGUUCGGUUUCCAGAGACACCGCAGCACUUGAUUCGCUGUAAUAAAAUUGAAGCAGCCGAAGGUUCGUUGAAGUAUCUACGAGGCUAUACAUCGUCUCCGGAGCACGUAAAUAUGCUGAAAGAAGAAAUAUCUAAGCUAAUGAGCCAAAUCGUGAUUCGAGGAAAAGAUUCCAACGUCGAUUCAUCCAUCAAGUGGGCUGAUUUUGCUCCAUUCUCCACGAAGAAAGCCAUCAUAAUAGGAAUGGUUCUCGUCGCUUUAAACCAACUGUCCGGAUGCUUCGCUCUGAUCAAUUAUACGGCACAAAUUUUUGCCGAUGCUAGUACAGGGCUAGAUCCUAACAUUUCCGCCAUCAUAGUCGGUGGUAUCCAGAUUGCGGGAUCCUAUGUGUCAACACUGGUUGUGGAUCGCUGUAGACGAAAGAUUCUGUAUAUAGUUACCACUUUCGGUUCAGCCGUCGGUCUGGCUGCUAUGGGCGUUCAUGCCUAUCUCAAAACGAGCGGGUUCGAUGUUAGAGUAAUCAGUUGGCUUCCAGUGGCUAGUCUGUCGUUCGUGAUCUUCAUUGCCUCUGUCGGUAUGUUGCCGUUGACGUUUGUGAUUCUGUCCGAAAUUUUGCCGCAAAAGCUUCGAAGCUUCGCUGGUUCGCUUUGCACCACCUUCCUUUGGGUGGUUAGCUUUAUCGUGGUGAAGUACUUCCCUGUGAUGGUGGAAGUACUUGGAAUGCACGGCUGCAUGUGGACCUUUGCUGGAUGCUGUGUCUUCGGGGUGUUGUUCAAUGCGUUCUUCAUUCCUGAAACCAGAGGAAAGAGUAUUGAUGAGAUUACGCUGGCGAUGGAGAGUAGGAGUAAGAAUUGAAAAUCAGCUAUUGUUAAGAAGUUUUCGCGUAUUUCUUGUCAGCGUGCCAUUGCAAAGGAAAGAAGUAGUCAGCAAUAAUGGAGACCUGUUUCAUCAUGAAGUGCAAAUUAAUACCAUUAGUGAUUAUAUUCAGAAAUUUACAAAAGUUGAAAACUGCGAUGACUACCUUGUCCAAUGUUUGAGCUCGAUAUGGUGCUAAUUUACAAACACUAUUGGUAGAUAUCUGUGGGACUCACUCACUUACUACUAAACACUUUAAUUUUAAAACUACAUUCCCAUCACUAGAGCUUCCAAUUAAUAGUGCAAUCAUUCGUGAAGAAGUAUUUUUAUAUUUAUUUUACAUUGCCGAGUGCACAGUAAGCUGUUUUACUUAUAAGAAUGUGGUUUAAAACUGAUACAACUGCAGCUUAAACUAAGCACCUGCAAGCUUUAAAGAUAAAAUGAAAAUGUGUGAUUUUGUCUCAUUAGUACUAGUUAGAACCUAACUUAUUGAAUUUUAUGACGAAUUAUGACGAGACCAAAUUACAUAGUUCCUGUUUUAUAAUAAAACGAGUAGUUUCAAAUGA